GUUUACCAAUCUGGCCGGAAUUACCACAUAAUCUGUCUUCAAUUUAAUUUCAGCUAUUACUGAAGUUACAAACCAAAUACCCCAUUUUUUACUUUUCAGCUUUUAGAUUAGAAUCUCUGCCAGCAUACUCGGUCUCACAGCCCUGACUAAAGGUGAAAAAUCGAACCUGAUGUUUAACAUGGAAAAUGAGGACACUGCCACUACCUGAGUGAUGCUGUUCAACGAAGUAAAUUCUUCAGAAUAAUGAAUUAGCCCUGUAAUUAAAUGAAUUCUACCCUCUGAAAGUUAACACCAAAACCUUUAAAUCCGAUUUGCCAAUUUGCCAUUGUUCCAUCAAAACUGAUUUCAAAACCUCGACGUCCGAUCACCGCCGCCUCCACCGGUCGUUUUAGCUUAGCCACCUACAGUCCCGCCUGUCGCCGAUUUGGCAAGCAGUGGCAGGCACUGAAUCAAUCCCAAAUGAUGCUAAAGGCUUGCUCUGCUGAUGGUACCCUAAAGCGGAAGAAAGAACCCGAAGCAGCUGAUGACGAACGAGGGAAAAGAAAUGAAAUUCCAGAACUAGCUUUAACGCCUCAUGAAAUCGGUCGUAGAAAGGUCAAUUUUAUCUUUGACAAUGCCGCAAUAAAGAAGACUCUCGUAAAAAAGAAGUGGAAAGUUCCAUGUUCCUUGGAUGAUGCGGAGAUUAUUCUGAGGCAGAAUAAGGAUGUGAACCAAUACCGAUGUGACAUCUUGCACGAGGCUUUACGGGCAAUUCUGGAUAGUCCACUGAAUAGAUAUGGAUUGGUUGGGGCUAUAUAUGUUAAAAUUGAGAAUGGAGUGUUGUUCGAAGUUAAACCGCAGGUUCGGAUACCCAGAACGUUGCAGCGUUUUUGUGGUCUAAUGAUGAAUUUGUUGGAGAAAUCUUGCAUACGGACUGAAGGAACCAAGGAAGUCCUUUUACGUGUGAUUCAGGAACCUGUAACCAGAUAUUUACCUACCAAUUCUCAUAUUAUAGGCCUUUCCCAUACUUCUCCAAAGGUGGUUAAUAUUGAAGACUAUCUGUCUGCUGUAGACGAUGAUAUCAACCUUACUUUUGUGGUUGGAACAUCAGUCCAAGGGGAAAUAAAUCAGCAGUAUGUAGAUGAUUGUUUAACAGUUACCAACUAUCCAUUGUCUGCAAAAGGGAGCAUUGGGAUGAUUUGCCAUGUCCUUGAACAUAAGUGGAAUAUCUUCUAAUUUACUGCUUUUCUUUUUGGGGGAGGAAAGAUCUCAUAUGGGGAGUAUCUCUAAAUUUUACUAUUUGCAAAUCCAGUUUUGAGUUUUGACAGUGCAUAAUAGCUUCUUUUUUUAAUUUUUUAAAAUUAUUAACAUCAGAUUUUGUCCUUUAGCGGCUGGCGUUUAUAUCUCUUGUAGCUAUCAUUUCUCAAAAAACAUAAUAAUUUUUUGUAUCGCCUUGUUUGUGGAGAAUCGGUCAAUAUAGAUGUUCCGCUGUCUGUGCA